AUGCACUGGAUGGAAGGCGCUAAGAAAGAGGCCCGCUGUGCGAUGCGUGAAAACUUAAAUUUCAACUUUUACAUUGAUUCAAAUGGUUUUGACUCGCUCCCACAUCUCUCGGUCAUUUUGGGGCACGUUGUUCCGCCGCUAAAAGAGAUUGCGUUCACGGAGCGUCAAAAGCGGAUUUUGCGCGAGCGCAGCUUAAAUCUGGACGCGCUUAACGUUGUCUAUCUGCUGUUGCGUUCAGUCGUAGCUCCCGUUUCGCAGAAACUUAAGCGUGGAGAAUGGGUGAACGAAAACGUUUUUGGCGGGAAGCUGCUAAACUACGAGAUGAUGUUUACAGCUGUUGAGACCAAAGCUGCUGCCAAAGCCAAAAACUGCUAA